GGGGUUGUGACUGGUGGGAAUGGGAGCUGCCUGCGCAGUGUGAGCCACUCGCUAGUGUGCACACCCCAGCAUUUGUUUACAUAUUGGCGCUUGUACCAAGGGCUACGUGAAUAGUGCUUUUGUUGCAGAUACAUGUGUUGUGGUGGGUUUGGACGCAUUUCUAGCCCUCUAGGAAAGCUGUAAGAGCGAGGUUAGAGUGAUGAUAGGUUGUGGUGGGGUUGGUAGGACAUGUGGAUAGCUGCAGGGUACCAGCAAGGCUUACAUCAUUGGCCUACUUUUAUGUCUUCAAAUACUCCAUCACUGGGCCUCUACCACCUGUGGAGCUCCCAUGAACUCUGGAAUCUGGGAGGCUGUACAUAGGCUGAAGCUGUCGUGUCUGACUGGAAGGAUAGCUAGUUUCAUCUUGAGUCACCCAGAGAAAGGCUGAAGAAUUUUUCUUAUAUGGUCAUCAACAAGACGUUAUACUGGCCAAAUCUGAAACAUUUGAAGGAUGGAUAGACAUCUAAUAAGGAGGACAAACAUGGAUGAAGAAAUGAUAGCUUUAAGGUGGAAUAAUCACCUUACGACAUUGUCUCAACUUCUUUACUCACUAAGGGAAGAGGAAUCUCUUAUAGAUGCUACACUUGCAUGUGAUGGCAAGUUGUUUCCUGCCCAUAAGUUUGUUUUGUCAAUGUGCAGUGAAUAUUUUAAGGAGAUGUUCACUACCAAUCCUUGCAAGCAUCCUAUUGUGUAUAUGAAGGAUGUUCGGAGCGAAGAUAUGGAGGCACUGCUUGACUUUAUGUAUCGUGGUGUGGUACAUAUUCCACAAGAGUCACUCUCUGGUCUGCUAAAGACAGCUGAGGGAUUACAGAUUCGUGGCUUGGGUAUGUUUGCACGUGAGGCAGCGUCGGAUACUCCUGCUGUGCCCUCAGAGCGUUCCGUGGUGACUGGAGCUUUGGAGCCUUCUGUCAUGAUGAGUCCAGAACGUAAACGUCCGUAUGAAGUGGAUCACUCUGAAUCUUCACUUGUAAAUUUUUCUGAUGGUGAGCUGGAUGAUACAGCACUUCAUACACCAAAGAAAAGCAAAUCUGAAGAAUCCACAGAAACUCCAGCACCUAUACCUGAAUUACCUAGGGUGUCAGAAGAUAUGCUUGAUUUGGGUGGAGGAGUGACAAUACAUGCCAGCGACUACUUCAAGUUCAGACGUACCAAUGCAAAUCGGUAUAUCAACGACCUUCUGCGAUACUUCUUUCCCAUUGAAGUUCUAGCAUCGUCAUCUCUCACAGGGGGCGAAUGCUUCGCCAACAAAGACAAAGGACCGUCAAACAAAAAUCAGCUUGACCCAUGCAUCAUCAGAGUUAUCACACAUGAUGCUAUCCGGAAUUUUCCUACUAUAGAUGAAAAGCAAGUAAGAAAUGCAAUCCGGAGAAAAUUGAACACUGAAUCACGUAUAUAUCGUAGCCAAGAAAAAUUUGGAGGGCCUGGGAAACGCAAUGGGGCUCAGCGACGCAGAAGCCGGUUUUCUGAAUCCCCUAGAGCUUUAGUAUCAAUUGAAAAAUCAGAUAGGGAGAAGGACAAAGGUCCUCCAAUGGUAACUCCCAAUGUCACUGUUGAGAAGGCACCUUCUAAAGAAUCUCGUCGAACGUCAUACACUUCUCCCGGACAGGCUCAACAAACGACUGAAAAGGAUGGGAAAAGAGAUGGUGAUACUUCAUAUUUUAGUAGACAAGAUAAAUCAGCCCCAAGAUUAAGUGAGCAGCCUCAAGUAUCUAAUUCUGCCACCCCAACACCAGCAGCAACCCCAAGCAUUCCGUCUUCAUCCUCCUCUCCGGCAACCAUCUCCGACAAGAGUUUUAAGUUAUCUCAUGAAAAUUUAGUUAAGGCUGAACUUCCAAGUGCUACGCAAUACUUGCCCCAAGAGUACUCAUACCCCUCAGUCAUGCCACCACACGUUAGUCAGGCAUACUUACCACACCACAUGGCAGCUGCUGAUCCCACUUACUUGCGACGACUUGAGAUGAGUCAAGGGGCUCCUCAUCCUGCAGCUCUUUCUUACACAUACCCUCAUGCUACUCUUCCCACAUCAGAGUCAAUGGAACCAAGCCUUCACAUGUAGUGUGUUAAUAUUAAGUUUCAGAUUCCAGUGCAAAUGUAGUUGUAAUAGAAAGCUGUACACAAAUCUUAUAUUGGAUGUUACGAAGAUGAGCACCACUUUGCUUGUCAUUCAUUUACUAUGCAGUCUUAAUGUACUGAAGAUCUGAUUUAUGCAGUUUAUAUUAAACACCCUUUUUAUUCAGUGGUUUCAGUUUUAUUAUGUUUUUCAUAAUAAAAUUAUGAUUUAAACUGAUGAUUUUAAGUUAUUGUGUAGUUAGAAGGUCUUUUAAGUUUUUCUAUAAAGUGUCUAAUAACAAAAAAAAAUUUAUAGUGUGAAAUUUCAGGUUAAAAUAUUGAGGGUUAAUAUAUUCAUAUACAGUAUAUUAUAAUGUUACUGUUCCCAUGCCCAGUUCACCAUUUUGUACGUAUAAAGCUGGGGAGACUGAAAUUUCUCAAGCAUGCUGGUAUUUGUACAAUUAUACAAAUUGUAUUAUUAAUGUCCUAAACACUGCCAGGCUAAUUUUCAGUAAAAUCUUCAUAAUCCGAUUCGCUCUUUUUGCGCCCUAAUAUACAGUACUAAACAAAUUUGCCUUUAUUUAUAUUUAUCAACAAGGUUAAAUUUUCUUAGCACUAUUAUGAAUGUACUGUAGAAAAUAACAUUAAUCUUGCUAAGCAAAAAUUUAAUUAGCAUUGUUAGUGCAGAAGAUCUUUUAACUUAAAAACAAUGUCAGUUUGACACGUUGAUGCAUACACAUUUUGCAAUGAUGAAUUUUAUCAAUUUUUUUAGGAAAUGUUAUUUAUAUUCACUUUAUAUACUAUGCUAAGGUUUUGUAAUGGUUUUAUCAAUAGCAGUUUGUUUGUCUCUAAAAUAAUUUUAUAUUCCAUCUGUGUUGACCAGACCACACACUAGAAGGUGAAGGGACGACGACGUUUCGGUCCAUCCUGGAUCAUUCUCAAGACAAUCAACUUGAGAAUGGUCCAGGACGGACCGAAACGUUGUCGUCCCUUCACCUUCUAGUGUGUGGUCUGGACAACAUAAUUUAGCCACGUUAUUGUGACUCAUCACCUGCAUAUUCCAUCUGUGAUUAUUAGAAUGCCAAAAUUACAGCGAGUUAAAAACAGUGCUGACAGCCACCAACUUGCAUCUUGAAGGUUAUCAAUGGUAUGUCUUAAGGAGCCUCAAAGAUGCUUUACUUUGAGUACAAUCACAUUCUUGGAGUGUAGAAUAUUUCAGCAUGGUAAUCAAGCCUGUCAUUAUCCUGUCAUGUUUUGAUACUUCUGUUAGUGGGGUAAUUUAUUCCACCUACUCAGAGGACUUGCUACUGGUGGAGUUCUUGAGAACUCCACCAGUGCUGAGGACAGGUGGAGGUCUUUGCGGAGGCUUGUCAAAGUUUGGAACGGAGUAUCAAAUACACAACAGGAUAAUAGCACAGCGUACAGAAUAUAAAUCAUAAGAGUUCAGAUUGGCUAUUAUUUGCAUGCUAGUUGCUUCUUUUAUCUAGCAAAUUGAAGAACACGCAGCAUGGGCAUGCAUAAAGAGAAGAAUCGGCAAAAAUAAGACUUGAGAAAAGUUAGAAAAUAUGGCUUUGGGUGGCAAGCUCAUAUCAUUGCAGUUAAAUAAAUGUAAGUUGACCUCCAUAAGUCAAUAUGCUAUAAAAAAAAAAAUAUAAUUUGCAUUGAUGUACAUAAAAUUAAGCACUGACCACUAUUACUUAAAGAAUUAAUAUUGUAGAACUAUUUCUUACUUGAAAAGAGUACGUCUUUGAGUUUAUGGAAAAAAAGUUAAAUAUUUGGCUAUGCUGACAUUUGACAGCAAAAGUGACCUCUUGGUAUGAGUAGUGAUUUAUUGUUUUGCAUUCAAUUUCAUUAGCUCUGAUACCAUUUUUCAAGCUUUAAAACAGAUAAACUAGGAUCGACUGUAAUGAACUGCCUUUUUCUGGUAGUCCUGGUGGUUCCCUUAAGUUAUCUCUCUGAGAUAGCUUCCCAUACUAAGUCACAUCAGCUAUAGGUGUCCUGUUGGCCUACCAAAGCCAGAGCCUGGCCCCGUCAUAGAGGUCUAGAGAGCUGGGAAUUAUUACAAUAAUCUACAAUGAGAAAAUAUCCAGAAUGUAAGCGAAUCAAAACAAACAACUGCAAGGUUCAAAUAAUGAAGCACUCAAAUUAAAGCCGCCUAUAGGUGGCGUCUUGGGAACCUCUGCCUUUCGGCCAGUUAUCUAGUAAGUCUGGAGAUGGUAGACCAUGAAACAACAUACCAGGUAGGGGGGAGAGAUAAGGGAGUCGGGGAGCCACAAGAAAGAGGUAUUUCAUUACAUUCGACACUGGUUUUCUGAGGGGAACCCAAUGGCUCUCUGAAGCUAUCUUAACAAUAGAGAAGGAAAAAACAUGGGACUUAACAGCGUGGAGGAGAGGUGGCAACUUCAAACACCAACACCCUAUCAUGAGACCAUUACGGCUCGGAGAGCAUAAGCUAGCUGGAGGUGAAAGAAAGCACAAGACAUCUUGCAAAAUGACACCAAGGAAGUAUGAACGCUGAGCACUGAAAAAAAUGCUCCACCAGAGCAGUCAUAAGAGGUGUCAGUAUUAGGCACGAGAUGUCAAUCAACAAACCACCAGGACAGGAAGAACAAAACAGAUGAUACAGAAGAAAGGCAACAAAGAGAGUAAGAGGCAAAAAAAAAGCACCAGGAAUCUUCAUACUGUUUCUGUGACAAAAGAUGCAGGAGGAACACCAGCAAUUCAACCACCUGUGCACCAUACAAAUGGUAGUAAACUCAUGUCAGAAACUCUGAUAUAUAGAUCAGCAGAGAAAGUUGAACCAGCUAAGUAUGUCACAGGCCAAUCUGGUGAAAGAAGUAGAGCCUAAGAAAAACACCUGGGUUAUGACACUGGACCAGAAGAGCUAGAAACCAAAGCCAAGUCAUCCACAAAGGAGCCAAAAAGAUCACCUUGACCGAGUACAUCUCCAUUGUUGACAACACCCAGAGCAACAACUGAACUGAGGGAAAGAGAUGGUGAAACCCCAUCUAGAAAAAUCCAGGAGAGGCAUCCACCACAAGAACCUCACGAUCAUGGAAUGUAGCCACAUAGGGAAGCCAUCAGUUCCAUGCCAGUGCAAAGAGAGUCACCUUGAGGUGACCGAAAGUCUCUCAAAGCGAAUUGGAGGAUGUGUCAUUGUCCACUUCGUGGAAAUGGGACGGAAACGAGAUACACCGUUGUUGAGAAUGUUGGAUACAUUCCUCACGUGAGCUGCACAGGCUACCAAACUCCAGGAAUUCAGAAGUCGAGCUACACAAAGUAUCCAGCUCCAAAGGGUAAAGGACCAAAAUUGACCCUCUGUGCUUCACAGAAUGAAUCCUCCGAAGGACCUAUCACAGUACUGCAAACUCACUCACCAUGCUGUGUGUAACAGAGUGGACCUGACUACUGACCCUGGGAGGAAUGAUGAGUGCUGGUCAUAAAGCCCCCCUACCCAGAGCCGAGGUGUUGGGGAAGAUUAGUGCCAUGGAACCAAACCCUGAAAAGCCAGAAGAGGAAGCUAGCGAAACGAGCCGAUGAUAGGCAGAUGCGGCCUGAAUCUGACAAUCCCAACAGUGUUGAAAUGGGUAGAACUGGAAGAACUAAUACAGCACCUGGAGCCAAAUCCUGCCCUGGAAAAAUGCCAUGCAAAGUUCAGGCUCCCACACAAUCGUUUGACCCACAGAUGAGUCACCAGGAGCCAAUCCAACACCAGACAGUGACGCUGCUGCAUGCUGAACAGAGCCAAGGAAAGGGAGGUAAGGAAAUAUCAAAAGAAAGUGCCAAGCCCCUAUGGCUACAUAGCACUUGGAAGGGAUCAGGAUAUGGAUUUGGGAUGAGAUUGGGGGAAGGAAUGGUGCCCAGCCACUUGGGCAGUCAGGGGUUGAAUAUCGACUUGCAUGAAGUGAGACAGUUGCUCUACCAUUCAUCCCAACCACUUGGGGUGGACAAGAGAGGUAGGAAAAGAUAUGCCAACUGCAAAUCCCAAACUAGGCCUAAUCAGGUCCUAGCCUGAGACAGAACUAACUGGGAUUUCCACCACUUCUCCUUCAACCCAAACUGAGCAAGCUGGGAAAGAACCAGAUCCCUGGCAAGCUGAUACAUUGGACUGGCUGAGAAAUAAAACCAGCCAGCCGUCGAGAUGGGCCAAGAAAUGCUCCGAAGAGAUGUAGCCGAUCACAAUUACCCCGCACUAACCUGAUAAGACCCUUGAAGUGGUAAAGCAGAUGUCCCACUAGAAAUCCUAGCCAUUCCCAAAAAUUCUGGUAAAUAGGAACAUGCCAGUACACAUUCUUUAAGUCUAGGGACACCACCUAAGAAUACACCUGCAGCACCAGGUAAACUUUAGCUAAAGUAGUCAUAUUGAAAAGUUGGACAGGGACUGAAGCUAUUCAAUCCCUGUCCAGGAUUGAGACUGUACCAUAGGUCCAUCAAGUCUCACUUGGAGAUUGGGAACAACUGGGACACUCAAUGAAGAAAGGGGUAAACUUUACAUCACCUGGGUCUAGUUACAUUGCAGUAACUGCAUGCAUCUGAAGGGAGGACUCCUGGCCCAACAACCCUAAACCUAACAGGAGUGGUGGACCAGAGACCCUGGGAACUGCCCGUUAAGCCCUCUAUUUGUGGGACCCACAGUUGCUAAAAUGGACCAGACAGCCUCCCACAGCACUUUAAAAAGAGAUGAUAUGGUCAAAGAGCUUGAGUAAAGACACCUAAUGCAAUGUCGAGAAGAAGAGGCAUCGGCUAAAGGAAGCGCAUGGUUCUGGGAAUAAGACUGACAGAGACCUACCCCAACCAACAGAUUAUGCUGGUUGGGGUUUUAUGUUCUUACACAAAAGAAGAUUUCGAGAGGAGUGCAUGCAUCACUUUCCAACUUCAGACUUGCUUUUAAUUAUAUGGAUGGUGAAAUACUAGUGAAACUGUUCAUGACUUUUGUGAGACUAAAAUUGGAAUAUGCAGCAGUUGUAUGGUGCCCAUAUCUCAAAAAGCACAUAAAUAAACUGCAAAAGGUGCAAAGGCAUAUUACAAAUAUGACUUCUGGAACUGAACUUCUGAUUACAAAAUAUUAACAUAAAUUCUUUGCCAAAUUGACAAAGAGAAAUUCCUGAAACCAACAACUUCAAGAACAAGAGGACGAAUUCAAGCUAAAGAAACAAAGUUGCCAAAAAAAUACUGGAAAGUUUUCUUAUGCAGAGUGGUAGAUGGUUGGAACAAGUUAAGUGGGAUGGUGGAGGCUUAAACCAUCAGUAGUUUCAAAGCGUUAUAUGACAGAGUACUGAGAAGAUGGAACACCAUGAGCGUAGUUCUCAUCCUGUAACUACGCUUACGUAAUUACAUUUAAGUACACUGUACCAGUAUAAAUUUUGCCAGCAAAACAGCAGUAUACUUAAUUCCCUUACAAAGAACUGGGAGUCAGUUAAUACAUCUUACUAAUAUUAACCUAUCAAAGUAGUGUUGUAUAAGUAAUCUUUGGUGAGGUUCAAUUACAAAGUAAAAUUUGUGAAUGUUGUAUGUUGGCAAACUGACAGAAAAUAUCAUCAUGUAAUGUAUCAACACUUUAGUGGGGACAGAUGGUAGUUCUAUCUGAUGGUAUGACAAGUGAUUUGUAAGGAAUACGGUUUUGAUUGAUCAGUAUUGUGCUCCAUUUUGGGUACAAAUUUAGGUGAGAAAUGGCAUGAAUUACAUGUGUAUCAGCCAUAUUAUUCAGAGUUUUUUCAUGUUGAUGUACUGUAUGAAGCAUAUCUAUGGAGAGUUAAUGUGAUAGAAUUCUUUAAUUUCUUGAUUUAAGUAUCUAGUGGUGAGAAAUGUGAACCAUCCCGGUGAUUGUAUAUUUGUAUCAUAAUUAUAACACAAGAGACAAAGCUAGUUAUUCAGCUACAAAACCAGUGAGAAGAUUGCAAUCUAUAUACUGUAUAGUAAUAAGAAAAUUGUCAGGUAAUAACAAAUAUUGUAUAUAUGUAUAUAUAUGCAUUGAUUAAUAGUCGCCUUUUAAUAUAUCAAUGAAAAUGGUCUCUUAAAUCAGCUUUCUUGAAGAAAAACUUUUCAUCAAAUAGGAAGUGUAAUUAUUAUCUUUUUUAUUAUAGAUUAUUUAUAAUAUAUAAAUAAUGUCAAAUUUAUACAUUUAUUACAAAUUAAUUUAUUUAUUACAAAUUAAUGUCAAAAUUUAUACAUGUCUAAAUCUGAAUUUAUAUCUUCAUAAUAUAACUGGUAUGCAUCCUUAGUGUAUUUAAAGUUAUAUUCAAAUAUAUCUGCAUUUAAUUGGAUAAAAGUGUUAAAAAAAAUACAGUACUGGAAAAUCUUGCGUAGCAAUUCUGAAGGUAGUAUAUUUAAUUUUGAAAAGGUUAUUUUUAAUCCUAUUUAUUGCUUCUACCCCUCAUUGCUAUGACCAAGCUUGAAGUGUCAUAAAGACUCACUGGUGAUCCAACACUUUGAGCCUCCAUCCAUGUACCAUGUCUUAGUUAUUUGCAUUUAUACAGGUAUUAUUGAGCUAAUGAAAUGUGUACCAUCAUGCACCUGACAGCUGGGUCGACAGCGCUUCGGAUUCGUAGUCCUGAGGUUCCGGGUUCGAUUCCCGGUGGAGGCGGAGACAAAUGGGCAAAAUGUUUCUUUCACCCUGAUGCCCCUGUUACCUAACAGUAAAUAGGUACCUGGGAGUUAGACAGCUGCUACGGGCUGCUUCCUGGGGGUGGAGGCCUGGUCGAGGACCGGGCCGCGGGGACACUAAACCCCGAAAUCAUCUCAAGAUCUCAUCUCUCAAGAUGCCAAAGGACCAAAGGCAAGAGAGACUGACGAGUACGGUACUUUAAUGAACAAAUUCACAAGGGCCGUGAUGAGGGUUCGAACCUAAAAUACAUAGCUGGUACAGUACUUUGUCUGCUUUAAUCUACUUGUCAUCAUUUUUUUGUUUACAAUUCAAUGUUAAUAGCACACUUCCCUACAAAUAUUUUUUGAAUCAUAUGAUUUGGUAAAAGUGUAAGAGAACAUAGAUACAGUACAUCCUAAUAUAUAGAUUAAUAUUUCAACAUUUUAAAUACAGUAUGCACAAAAUUUGGGUAGAAUAAAGGGUGCUAGUGCAGCAUUACUGUUGGUAUAACUCUCCACGUGUCUCUCUUCAAGUAAAGUCAGAAUUUCUUUGCAGUGAAAGAUGUUCAACAUAAGAGUGUUUUGCAAAAUUUAUUGCAACAUUUUAUUCAUCACUAAAUUAUAUGUGAAUGCCAAGGCAUUUUGUCAGGUACUUUAUUUGUUGUUCUUUAACAUUCAGACUUUAUAAAAUGCACAUGUAAAUGGAUAAGGACAAUAAUACAGGUAUUAAAGAAAAGUUUUGACACUUUAUGAAUAAAUUAUUAUUUUUCUUCACAUUUAUAAUGAGCACUUCACAAGAUAGUAGUUAGUGGGUUUUUCCAGUGUUCCAUUUCCUCUUACUUAUUGUUUGGCAAUAUCAGACACAGUACUAAAAUUUUUGAUAAAUAUUUUAUACUUGUCCAAAAUCAAGCAGGAUGGCACUUGCAAACUCUUGCUCAAAUGUGUGUGUGUAUGUGUGUGUGUGUCUUUCAUAUCAUAGUUUGAAAGACCGAGCAACUUGGAUUAAGACUUUAUAUACAUGUUGGAUGUGCCAUCACCAUGCAAACUAAUAAUGUUUUUAAAAGAUCAAUACUGUGAAAGGAACAAGUUUUCUGCUAUUUUACAAAAUGGUUGCCUUGAUACAUGUUAGCUGCAGCUCCAUGUGGUAUAGUGGUUAGUAUCCUCACCCGCUGACUUGCAAGUGAGAAUGAUCCAGGCUUCUACCUGGGCUGAGUGGGAGGGACAUUGUCGCCACCAUGUGCCACCCAAAAGUAUAUUCAUUGGUGUAUCGUGUUUUUGGGAAACCUGGCUCCAGUACCUGGCCUCAGCAUAAAAAUUUACAUGUACUGUAUCCUUACAGUAAUUUGUUUUUGGAAUACAGUACUGAGUACAAAAUUUCCAGGCUGAAGUAACUAAAAAUAUUGUACUUGUUUGGAAAAGCAGACAUUUGUCUUUUUUAGAAUGUUUAAUUGUAAAUAUAAUAUUUAACUUGGCAUGUGAAUGGUAACAUGAGAGAUGUGCUUGGUCAGUGUGUGUGUACAGUGUUGGACUUAGGUUUCAUAAUAUUUCACAAUGUGUUACUUCAAAGGGUACUGGGCUAUCUUGUAAGAUAUUUUAAUCUGGGUUUUCUGAAAUUACUUUUCACAACCCUCCUUCAUCAUUUUAAGAUACUAUAUAUAUAUAGACAUAAGGUAAAUACAAAAUUGCAGAUUUUUAUAAUGAUGGAUUAUCUAUUUAUUGAAGUCAGUAUUAUAAAUGAACUUAUCACUGUCAUAUUAUUUAAACUAACAGUUUUCCUUACACUGCUCAUUAUAUAGCUGACUUGAUAGCAUAAAUUGUGCUUGUACCUAUUUCCUAAUUUUAGAAAUUACUGUGUAAGUAACAUUAGUCUUUAACAUUGAGUUGAGAUGUAUUAACUACUGCCUUAUAUAUUUUGUGAAUUUGCCCAUCUCCACUACAUUGUAGUAGUAUCAUUGUCCGCCCUUUUGCAGUACAGUAUAUGGCUUUAUAUACAAAUGACAAAAUUCAAUGCAAAUUUUCUAGAAACCUUUCUCAUGUCCAAAAUAGCAUGUAAGUAAACAGGUGAUGUGAUGAAUUAUCAUCAUUAUUUUUAUUUUAUUCAAUACUUUAAUUAUUGGAAAUCAUAUGCAGUUGCAUUCAAUACUGGAAAGAAAGUCAAAGUGAUACUUCUUUAUUUUUGGCUCCAGGAUUGUCAGUAUGGGGCCAGAUAACUAUGCCUAUAUUCCUUUACAAACUUCCUUUCAUACAUGCAAGCUAGGUUACAUAUUCUGUACUGUUGCCAAGUAUCAAGAAACAUCAUGAGCUGUUAGUCAUCUAAGCCUAUCACGGUGUGGUAGUUUUAAAAAAAAUAUUGUACCCAUUAAUCUGCUUGCCUAAAAGAAGGUUAUAUGACGAGCCGUGUGCCUGCUGCAUGUGCUGAGUAUCGAUCAAAGGCUUGUAGACUAUCAGUUAGCAACGUUAACUUGCCACUGCUACGGCACUUCAAUUUUAAUACUAAUUACGCUUGGUCUAUCGUCAUUGUUUAAGUUAAAUGAUAUUCAGGAUCUAGAAUGUUGUCACUUACAAGGCAUAAUUUGUAGUUUUGUUUUCCUGGUAUGUGCAGUUUUUGUAUUAUUUCCAUUCACUCAAUUACUGAUCAGAGUAAAUUUAAAAUGUAAGAUCUUGAUAUAACGAAUUAAACAAAAAUGUGUUUGGGAAGGUCAAUGAUACUGAAAAACAGUACCGUUCUGUACUUAAAAAUUUUUUAUUUAAAAUUAUGCAAACUUUAAGAAUAGAUAUUUUGAAGCAUUGUUAAGUUUUAAGAUUUGUUCUGGUGUCAUUAAAAAAAUCCCAGUGUGAUUUAUAUUGAAAGUUCAGAAUGCUUUAAAAUGUUGAAAUAUUAGUAACAAAAGAAUGGUAUAAUGACAGCUCUUUAGUUACAGUAAUUGAAUUAAAGUAUUGUGUAGGAAAGUAUUCUUUAUGACAUAUUUUGACUGCUGUCAUCAUUUUGUAAUGUCUUAAAUUCAAUAAAUAUGGCUUGCUUUUUUCAAGUACUAUAUUUAAUCAUAUGAAGGUGAUAUGAAAAGUUGACGUUAAUGAAGGAUUCAUGUCUGACUUCUCAUGCAUGUGCUUUUAUGAGAUUUAAUUGUAAGUUUUACUUUGAUAUACAUAAGGUUUUAUACAUGCUCAUUCAUUUUAUUCAUUGAUACCUUAGAAUCACCGUGAAAUACUAAAGAUUUUGUUAACCAUGAAAUAGGUUAAUCAGAUCCAAAUUUGUAUGACUUUUAUUCAUGUUAUAACAAUCUUGAGCAGGUAAUACAAUUACAAAGUCAGUAUGCCAAGUAUGUUGACAUUGUUGCAUAUACCUGUAUACUGUAACUACUUGAUAAGAACAUUGCUUUUGACUUUCCAAAGCCUAUGGAUGAGAAGUUUGAGUUGUUAAGUCUUUAUAAUGGUCUAAUAGUAGCUUAUAUAUUAUUGUGUGAAAAAAAUUAAGGUGAUAUGCAAUGAGUGCAGCAUUUUAGGGUAAAAUUGUUAAAUAUUGAAAUUUUAGUUAAUUUGGAUAUAAAGAUUGUGAACUAAAUUAUUUGGUAUGAGCAUUAAUAUGCAGUACAAUGUGAGAGAGCUUAAGCUAGUAGGAGCCUGCUAGUUAUUAUAUAAACACUGACACAUUUCUACCUUAGAAUACAUACGGUAACAACUGCUAAGUGAUUAUUUAACCAUAUUCUUGCUCUUAUCAUCACAGUACUGUACAGUAUAAACAUUUACUCUCAAUAAUAAACUUCUUGAGUUAACAAAGUUAAACAUUGAAAGACCAAUUUAAAUUAGUAUUAUCCAUUUGCAAACAAUUGUGAUUCAGUUUGGACAUUUUCGAGGCAGACACAGGUGAAGUGCUAGUCACUCGUUAACAGAUUUGGGGUAAUUAAGAUCUUUAUUUUGUUAAAUGGAUUGUAUAUUUUAUUUGAGUCGACUUUGUGCAGGUUUUAAAUGAUGAAUACUGUAUCAUACAGUUUAAGGUACUUCUACAGAUAUGUAAACUUUGUAUCUUAUAAAACAUACAUACUGUGUAUGUGAGCCUUUGUAAAUACUCUCUUCGUAAAUCUCCUUUAAUAUCCCCUGAUGGACGUGUCAUUUUUGAAUGGUUAGGUAUUGCAGCGAGUAGUUGUACAAAAUAGAUUUUCUCAUGAUCUGUGUGUCAGGUGUAAUCCUUAUCACUGUGUUAGUGCAGUAUUUGUGUGCCUAAUAUUAAUAGAAAAAGUCAAA